AUGCGCAGCGUAUUAGAGUUUAUUUCCUCAAAAGAGUCUGGAGUUGGCACGCAGGAAAUACAGGAUGAAUUCAAGGAAAUGUCGCUGCAGGAAAUUGUAGCUGAAAUAAACCGUCUGCACGCGGACUCUCUAAUCGACCUGUUCCGAACGAAGUCUGGGAUCUUCUACCGGAGAAACACGGAGCCACAGACGUUUUCCAGCACGGAGGAGAAGAUCGUGUACCUGCUUGUAAAGGAGUCUGGGGUCGAGGGGAUAUGGAUAAAGGACAUCCGCAUGAAGAGUGGGCUGCACCAAAACCUCGUUACUAAGCUCCUGAAAACCCUCGAGCAGCGGGUUCUGAUAAAGUCUGUUAAGUCCAUAAAGCAGAACCGGAAGGUAUACAUGCUGUACGAUGCAGUGCCUUCUGAGGACCUGGGGGACGGUCCCUGGUUCACGCAAGAUGCGGAACUGGACACUGGAUUUGUCGAUGCAAUUAAGACGGUGAUAUACGAGUGGGUGCUUAGCAUAACUGCCUCUGAGGGACUGCCCCCUUUUGAGACACUCCCAGAGCUCUCGGACGCGCACUCUUUUCUGAUGCGGGCUGGGAUAUCGUCGGUUCCCCUCACGCAGGACGACGUGAAGAGGAUCCUGGACAUUCUCGUGUACGAGAGGAAGCUUCUCCGCCUCAGCCAAAAGUACACGAUCAGGAAAGGAGCAGCCGGAUACUCCUCCGAGGAAUGCGUUCUAUAA